UAGAAUGAUGUUAUUUGAUUAAAAAAAAAAAGAUGGAUGUUAUUUAGUUUUGAGAGUUAUUACAAGAACUCGUCCACUUCACCCAAAAAAUGUGUCUAGACAGUUAAAGUUAGUUUGUUACACAUGAAUUAUAGAUCUCUCGCCGCGUACUUUGUUGAUGUGAGAUUUGCGUAAAGUGCUACAUACAUUCUCUUUGGGACUCAACGUCGUGUUGAGGUUUUCCACACCAUCGGCCAAGAGGCCAUCCCAACCUUUUUUUAUGACCAAUAUAUUGUCCACUUAACAUCUACCUAACACGGUUUUGCUUUUAGGGUGAAACAUAAUCACUUAUCAAAAGGUUACAUAUCUCUACAGUGCUUAACACUAAGCACAUUUAACUCUAAAAUUCUCACAACCUAUCGAUUAAAAUUCAUUUGUUAAUGAAAGGAAUGAAAAGGAAAGAAAUUCAUUUGUUAAUGAUGAAACAUAAAUCUCUCUCGGUAUUACAUAAAUUGUGAAGCCAUGAUUCACCCUUUUUUGUUGUUGUUGUUGUUGUUGUUGUUGUGAAGACAUGAGUUGGUACUGGGCCAAAAUCUGGAGGCAAUCCGAAGUUGUAAGCCCUAACCUAAAAGCCCCAAACCUCUCAUCUCUCCUCGCCUCGGCAAUCCGAAGUUAUAGAACCAUUGAGAGUACGAAAAGCUCAACCCCGCCAUCGCCCGGAAUGUCGAACGCGACUGAAGCUCUCCAUCGCAGGCUGACGCAAUUAUUGGAGUCGUUACUCGCCCAUCUCUCCACUACACCAUACGCGCCAACUGAAGGCUCAGCCGUCUCCGUGAAAUUCAUCCUCCAGUCUCUCCUACACAACCCUUCCUCCGGCGCCGGGGAAUCGCAGCUCCAGGAAUCAAUCAGGAAUUUUGUUCUGGCAUCGGCCUUGCUUGCCGCGUCCGAAUCCUCCACUCACGAGUUGCUCUCAUGGAUUCCCCAUCAGCUCUCGGAUGCUGCUACCGCCGGUUUCCGAGAUCUCUCUGAUGUGUAUUGCCAGGGCGAUGACAAUAGGUUGGUCGCAGAGUUAGCGCCGGAGAUUUUGCUGUUGUUGAAGGACAGGAUAAAGGAGAGUUCUAUUGAUAAGGGUACCGAUGGUGAUGAAGUCUCCGCCGCUUCGGCUAGGGUUCCGGUUGGUUUUGCUAUUCUGGCUGCCUAUCAGCUUAGAUGGUUUGUUACUCAGAUUGAUAAGUCGAACUUGGGGAAGCUCUGCAAUUUGGUGAUUCCAUGUGCAUUGACUGCUCUUGAUCAUUGGUCACCGGAGGUGAAGGGCCAAGGGAUGAUAUGUUUCAUUCAUCUAGGGAAGAACGUGAAUGCUGCUGAGUUUGGUGUGUACCAGGAUGUCAUUCUUGAUGCUUGCUGCAAUAACAUUGCAUCUGCUGAUGAAAUAUGGCAUCUUGUGGUGGAAAUAUCUGUGCUUCUGGUGUCGAGCAUCCACCAAAGUAAUCCAAGAAGCCAUUGGUAUGAGAGGAUACUAGGCGAGAUGCUUAGUCACCUGGAGCGUCAGCCAAGAAAUAAGGAACGCCGUGUUGCUUGGCUGACAUUCAUAGAACCACUCUUCCAAAGCAUGGGUCUUGUGUUAUUGGCUCAUUUCAGGAGGCUUUUCCCACUUUUCUUCAAAUGGAUACAUGCUGAUGAUGAUGAAACUGUCCUUCUGGUUCUGAAACGGGUUCAUACAGUCUUGAAGUUAACAUGGAUAAGAAAUACACCAUAUAUCAUGAGAUUGGUGGAUGAGCUUGUUGCGUUGCACAAGGAAGCAGCAUUAAGAGUAUGCCGUGAAGAAAUUAGGACGAGUAUACUUGAGGUCCUGCUCUUACUGAAGCAAUGCAAGGGGCAGCAGUUCACGGCGGCCUGGGAAAAGCACAGGGAUGACUCAAAUCUAGCAGCUUUGUGUUUAUCUUUAACUGAAAUCUCCAUUGAUGAGGAGAGUUCCACCAGCAACGCCUUGAGGAGUGACAGCCCACAAAACUGCCUGCAACUACUAACUACCCACUAAGUUGCUGGAGAACUCGAUGUGUCCUUCCACUAGACUUCAUGUAAAUACGAUCAUUCACCUUCUGUAGAUCGAAUGUACACGUACAGUUAAUUUAUUGCAGACCACGAACAAGGCCAACCUUUAUUACCAAUAUGAAUGACUGUUUCAGCAUGGAUUGUUGCCCCCAAAUACGUGGAUUUUGCUGAAGCGACCAUUUGAUCAGUGGAUUGUUGCCUCAACACAUGGAUUUCUUCUCAUGUCUAUCGGUCAAGAAUAGAAACGAGUUCUUGUGAAGCAAAAGACAGUUGAUCUAUUCCAUAGAAAAAAUAAGGUAACAUCAGUCACCGAGUUUAAACUCUAAACCAUCUUGUAUAGUAAUAAAAUAGCACAUGUGAAAGAGUCAAAGAGAGACAAACUAAUUAUUAAUUACAAAGUAAUAAGGGUAACUUAAUAUCUUUUGCUAACAUUAUGCAGAAGUAUACAAGUAGCCAAUAGAGAUCAAGUUAAUAUCACUGGAACAGUGAACCCCUGAGUAAGUCUUUCAUCAUAAAUUUAAUCAAUAUGACAAAUGUUAAUAACAAACUCUGAUUGUAUGAGGGGGAUGAUUGAAUUCUACAAUCUUUCCUAAAAGAAUAUAAAGUAAAAAAGAGUAAAUGAUAUUCUUCCUCUACAAAACCCAGGCAGGGAGUAAUAGAGAGAGAACUCAUCA